CAGGUCAAUUGCCUUGUUCCUUCAGAUUCCUUUCGAACGCAGGAGUCCCGCUCAGGACUUGCAGGACAGUGUCUACAUCUGUUGCCGUCCUCGAGGCCAACGUGAGGCUCUUCUUCGCUUGUUUCUUUGUUAGUUGUUGGCACCUUGAGUCCGUGAGUGCUUUGGUUGAAUCCAGGGAUUAGUGUUUGCUGACGGUUUAGCACACACCAGAGUCCCAAACUCAGAGCCAGGUUUUAACUAUGUCUCGCCUCGUGGAGGGCAUCAAGGAGUUGUUGAAAGGGAAGGACGAGCCAGAGUAUCGUUACCGCUCUGGGUACGACCAGCGCUACUCCCAGGGAUCCACGAAGUACUACGGCUAUCCACAGAGCUCUACUUCGGAAGUGCGCAGCGGUUACCAAAGGCCAUACGGGCAAGCUUUGGAUGAUUACCAGGAUGGGUACGACAGGUCGGACCGGAAGUGGCGUGGGCAGAGCAACCAUUCUCCCCGAGGUGAUUACAGGAGAACCGCCCAGGAGUCUCCGCGCGAGUACCGCAAAUCUUUCCGUGGCUCUAGGUUGGGGGACAACGACUCUGAUGAGAUCGAGUUGAUGGUGCCCAUGUGCUGCGACAAGUGCAAGGAGAAAGUAGAGGAGGAGUUGGGUGAGGUUGAGGGAGUGGAAUUUGUGGAAUGCGAUCCCAUGAACUCUCGGGUGACAGUUACGGGUAGUAAUAUCGACGUGAGCAGAUGCCUGGUGAAGGCCGAGAGAGCCGUGAAGCAGAAAUGCGAGUUGAUCAGCAACGACUCCGAUGACGACGAAGAUAGCAAGCGUGGGUCUGGCCGCCGUGGUAGCUUGGGCCGUUAUCAGAGCAGGGAUGACUCAUACCGUGGGUAUUCGGUUCGUGACGAACGAUCGGGCACCGGCCAUUAUCGCCCAGAUUACGGCUCCAAGAGCGGCAGGCCGAGCUUGGGGAGGCUACCUUCUUUCGCCAGUGGCAAAGUGACCCAAUACGACGGAUACGGCCAGCGCGGCCAGGACUACGAGGUCAAGGAUUAUACGGGGUUCCGCAGCAUGCCAUCGUUCAACAAACACCGACAUCACGAGGCGGAAUUCAUCACUAGCUAUGACCAGCGACCUCAAUACGCGGCUGAUACGCGGGUGGCGUUUGCCAAUGUCCGUCGCAUGCCAUCCUUCAACCGGCACCGACACCAUGAUGCCGAGUACAUCAAUGACCGUGAGUACAGUCCUCGCACAUUCUAUGAAAAUGGUGCUAGCGCGUACACAACGGCUUAUAACGAACGGCCAGUGUAUCGAUCUCAAGUGUCCUUCUCCCGUCUUCCCGUCGGGAACCCUAAUUACGUGAAGCACAUCGAGUACUGAUCGAUACAACCACCCUCUGGAAUUGUGUUUUCUGGCAUGGUAUGACUAUGUAUUAUUUUUCCACGUACAGGCGUCUCUGCGGAAAGUCAAAUACUAAGUCGGCGCGUUCAAUUUUCAGCAAUCCACAGCGAUUUUGUGCUCCGAGAGGUUCAUGCUCGUCGGGCUCCAGACCCGACCUGCAGUGCACAUGACAGUGCCCAUCUCACAGCUUUAGCAUAAAGAUAAUUUUUUGGUGCUAGGAUUGUUACUGUUAUCAGGAGGAGGCAGGAUACGCUGGACCUUUGAAUCCAUGAGGUUGGCAGGGCAAUCGCCCUCCUCACCUCGAGAUGUGAAAUAAACAGUGUUUUAGCGAAAUGGGUUGAAAAUGAGUGGGUGACUUGGCCUUUUUUCCA